ACUUAUUUAAAGCCAGUAGCUCGGGGGACUUUGGGAUUCAUCUCCUCCUUGUGUGUUAUCAGCAUGGCAGCAUUUCAAACGCAGCAGCGAGUGACAUAGUACAAAAAGCAGCCCGGGCCACUCUGAAGAGGCUCGCCUCCCAGAAUAGCUCUAGCCAGGCCAGCUCUAUCUCACUGAUGCCCGACAAGGUUUGAGCCAUCGCACCAACACCUUGUAGUCUGCCGCCGCAACAGAUAACGCCAUCCGCAAAGAUGGCCGCCACUGGCUUCCGAGGCCCACUUCACUUGGAUAAUGGCUCGUCAAUGUUUGGUUUCGCCGCAUAUGAUUUUUAUCGAGGUGCUUUUGCAAGUAUUAGGCCGCAGUGGCCAGUCGAUGUCCCGCCGAGGAAUUCCGGACUCUGGCUUUGUCUAUUCUGAGAACCCGCGCUCCUGUGAACCGCCCCCACCAUAUUAUGCUCUAACCCUUCAACUUGCUUUCAAGGUCAGAUUAGGCAGAGCUAGGGUGCGCUUGUGAUAAAAUGACCCCAUAAACCAGAAGACGUCAAGCGAGGGCCAAACAUCAAAGUUUGAGGAAAGUCACAUUGUCAAUUUGUUGCACCACACCAUCAUUCUCUCUAUUAAUAAAAAGCUGCGUAUUUAUAGUAACUUGUUUAAUGCCCCACGGCUCCCAAAAUAAUCCUAUAAAGUUGCAUCCUCGCAAGGGCCAAAAUACAAUAGCAAACAUCCCAAGCAACUUAAACAAUCCAAGAGCGUUUUGAAUGCUGAUUGCUUUGAACUGAUGAAAAUACAAGCACUCAUUUGUUCUUGCUAUUUUGCCACAGGCCUUCAUUUCUUUGUUUUAAAGGUACAUGGAGGCAAGUCUCGCUCAGCCUGGCAACGACGCAGCCUCAAACACUAAACUUGCGUCAAACGUUAAAAAUGAAGUAUUCUCGUCUGUGGCUACGGCGUGUGGAGUGCACGAAAUAAGUCAGUGACCAAAAUAGCCCGCUUGGGUUUAGCGCAAUGACAAAAACGUUGCUUUCCUUUUGUGUCAAUUGAGACUGGCGCUCAGCACCAAUGGGCGCUGGAGGAGGCGGCAUAAACUAAUGAGGGACAAAUGUCCACUGCCCGUGACCUUGACGACACGCUAUAAAGUGGGCCGCUCACUUCUCACCCUGCUGUUAUUUCCUCGUGUGCGUCUCUGCAAGUCACCGGACAGCUCUUUGCCUAGGAAACACACGUCGUCUGCCUGACUUGGCCUGGCUGUUGGGAAGGUCGAACCAUGUCCCGUUUUGACAUGAGAGAGUUCGGGGAAGCGGCGCCCUUUUUACGCAAGUCGGAGUUGGAGCAACUCACGUCGCAAACGAUCGCUUUUGACGGUAAGAAGCGAGCAUGGGUCCCCGAUGAGAAAGAGGCGUACGUUGAGAUUGAGAUCAAGGAGCUCAGUGGGGACAAAGUCAUUUGUCAGACCAAAAAUGGAAAGACUCUGACUGUGAAGGACAGCGACAUCCAGCAGAUGAACCCUCCCAAGUACGACAUGAUAGAAGACAUGGCCAUGUUGACGCAUCUCAACGAAGCCUCGGUCCUCUACAACAUGCGCAGACGCUACUCGGCUUGGAUGAUCUACACCUACUCGGGCCUCUUCUGCGUCACGGUGAACCCGUACAAAUGGCUGCCGGUCUACACGCCACCUGUGGUCGCCGCCUACAAGGGCAAACGGCGCUCGGAGGCGCCCCCGCACAUCUACUCCAUCGCGGACAAUGCCUACAAUGACAUGCUGCGCAAUCGGGAAAACCAGUCCAUGUUGAUCACCGGAGAAUCCGGUGCUGGCAAAACUGUCAACACGAAACGUGUCAUUCAGUAUUUUGCCAUUGUGGCAGCUCUUGGGGAUACCUCUGCUAAGAAAGCACAAGGUCCUGCCACUAAGACAGGGGGCACUCUGGAGGAUCAGAUCAUCGAAGCCAACCCUGCCAUGGAGGCGUUUGGGAAUGCCAAAACAUUGAGGAAUGACAACUCAUCCCGUUUUGGAAAGUUCAUCAGGAUCCACUUUGGGCCCACUGGCAAACUGGCUUCUUCUGACAUUGAUAUAUAUCUUCGAAAAUCCAGAGUGAUUUUCCAGCAGCCGGGUGAAAGGAGCUACCACAUUUACUACCAGAUCAUGUCGCAGAAGAAACCAGAACUAUUAGACAUGCUGCUGGUGUCCUCCAACCCGUACGACUAUCACUUCUGCUCGCAGGGGGUGACCACUGUGGAGAACUUGGAUGACGGGCAGGAGCUGAUGGGCACCGAUCACGCCAUGGACAUCCUGGGCUUCUUGUCGGAAGAGAAGUAUGGCUGCUAUAAAAUAGUGGGCGCUAUCAUGCACUUCGGCAACAUGAAGUUCAAGCAAAAGCAGCGAGAGGAGCAGGCAGAGGCGGACGGCACUGAAAGUGCCGACAAGGCCUCGUACCUGAUGGGGAUCAGAUCAUCUGACCUCAUUAAAGGCCUCCUCCACCCAAGGGUGAAAGUGGGCAAUGAAUAUGUGGUCAAGGGACAAAAUGUUGAGCAGGUUAACUAUGCCGUAGGCGCUUUGGCCAAAGCGACAUACGACCGCAUGUUCAAAUGGCUGGUGGGCCGGAUAAACCGGACCCUCUACACCUCACUGCCCCGCCAGUUCUUCAUUGGGGUGCUGGACAUCGCUGGCUUUGAGAUCUUUGACCUCAACAGCUUCGAGCAGCUAUGCAUCAACUUCACCAAUGAGAAACUGCAACAGUUUUUCAACCACCACAUGUUCAUCCUUGAGCAAGAGGAGUACAAGCGGGAGGGCAUCGAAUGGACCUUCAUCGACUUCGGCCUGGACCUUCAAGCGUGUAUCGAUCUCAUCGAGAAGCCUCUCGGCAUCAUGUCCAUCCUUGAAGAGGAGUGCAUGUUCCCCAAAGCCACAGACAUCAGCUUUAAAGCCAAGUUGUUUGAUAACCACAUUGGCAAGUCUCCAAAUUUCCAAAAGCCACGUCCGGACAAGAAGCGCAAGUAUGAAGCCCACUUUGAGCUCGUGCACUACGCAGGGGUCGUGCCGUAUAACAUCUUUGGCUGGCUGGACAAAAACAAAGACCCACUGAAUGAGACAAUGGUGAUCGUUUUCCAGAUGUCCGCAAACAAGCUGCUAGCUUCUCUGUACGAGAACUACGUCAGCUCAGACUCAGAUGUGAGAACCGGGACCAAAGAGAAGAGGAAGAAGGGAGCCUCAUUCCAGACGGUGUCUCAGCUGCACAAGGAAAAUCUGAACAAGCUGAUGACAAAUCUGCGCAGCACGCAGCCUCACUUUGUGCGCUGCAUCAUCCCCAAUGAGACCAAGACUCCCGGCAUCAUGGACCCGUUCCAGGUGCUGCACCAGCUUCGCUGCAACGGGGUGCUGGAGGGCAUCAGGAUCUGCAGAAAGGGCUUUCCCAAUCGCCUUCUCUAUGGAGAGUUCAAACAGCGCUACCGUAUCCUAAACCCACAAGCCAUCCCAGAUGACAAGUUUGUAGACAGCAAGAAAGGUUCAGAGAAUUUGCUAGCCUCCUUGGACAUCGACCAUAACCAAUAUCGAUUUGGCCACACAAAGGUCUUCUUCAAGGCCGGCCUGCUCGGCUAUCUGGAGGAAGUGAGGGAUGAGCGUUUGGCCAAGAUUCUGACGCUGCUGCAGGCGGUUGCUCGAGGCAGGCUCAUGAGGAUGUAUUUGGGGCUUAUGAAUCAAAAGAGGGAGGCCCUGAUGAUUAUCCAGUGGAACAUUCGGGCUUUCAACACAGUGAAGCACUGGCCUUGGAUGAAGCUCUUCUUCAAGAUCAAGCCCCUCCUGAAGAGUGCCGCCACAGAGAAGGAGCUGGCCAAUCUGAAGGUGGAGAUGGUGCAGCUCAAGGAGGCCUUGGACAAAUCCGACUUCAAGCGCAAAGAUCUGGAGGAGCGGCAGGUCAGCCUGAUCCAAGAGAAGAACGACCUCUCCCUACAGCUGCAGGCAGAGCAAGACAAUCUCUCAGAUGCCGAGGACCGCUGCGACCUGCUCAUCAAAACAAAGAUCCAGCUGGAAGCCAAAGUCAAAGAACUCCUGGAGAGGCUGGAGGAUGAGGAGGAGACCAACUCUAAUCUGCUGGCCAAGAAGCGAAAGCUGGAGGACGAGUGCGGCGAGCUGAAGAAAGACAUCGACGACCUGGAGCUGACCCUGGCCAAAGUGGAGAAGGAGAAACACGCCCUUGAGAACAAGGUGAAGAACCUUGUUGAGGAAAUGUCCGUUUUAGAUGAAACCAUAUUGAAGCUGACCAAGGAGAAGAAGGCUCUCCAAGAGGCCCACCAGCAGACUCUGGAUGACCUACAGGCGGAAGAGGACAAGGUCAACACUCUGACCAAAGCUAAAUCCAAGCUGGAGCAACAAGUCGAUGAUCUGGAGGGCUCCCUGGAACAAGAGAAGAAGCUGCGUCUGGAUAUGGAACGGAACAAACGCAAACUGGAAGGAGAUCUGAAACUUUCUUUGGAAUCUGUUAUGGAUCUUGAGAAUGACAAGCAGCAGAUGGAAGAGCGGCUCAAAAAGAAAGAUUUUGAAAUGAAUGAGAUGAGCUCAAAAUUAUCAGAUGAGCAGUUGUUGGUCAUCCAGCUCCAGAAGAAAAUCAAGGAGUUGCUGGCUCGCUUGGAGGAGCUGGAGGAGGAGCUGGAGGCCGACCGAGCUUGCAGGGCCAAAGUGGAGAAGCAGCGUGGCGACGUGGCUCGCGAGCUGGAGGAGCUGAGCGAGCGCCUGGAGGAGGCCGGCGGGGCCACGUCGGUCCAGAUCGAGAUCAACAAAAAGAGAGAAGCUGACUUCCUCAAGCUGCGGCGGGACCUGGAGGAAGCCCUGCUGCACCACGAGGGCACCACAUCCUCCUUGAGGAAGAAGCAAGCCGACACGGUGGCUGAGCUGAGCGAGCAGAUCGACAGCUUGCAGCGAGUCAAGCAGAAGUUGGAGAAAGAAAGGAGCGAGGCCAAGAUGGAGGCCGACGACUUGGCGUCCACUGUGGAGCAGCUCUCCAAAGGCAAAGCUACUGCGGAGAAGACGUGUCGUCUGUUUGAAGACCAACUGAGCGAGGCCAAAGCCAAAUUGGAGGAGCUUCAGAGGCAGCUCAAUGACACCACCUCUCUCAAGGCCCGUGCUCAGGCUGAGAGCGCCGAGCUGGGCAGGAAGCUGGAGGAGCGUGAUUCCACAGUCUCCCAACUUCAACGUGCAAAGGCCACCUUUGGUCAAAAUGUUGAGGAUCUCAAGAAGCAGCUGGAGGAGGAGACUAAGGCUAAGAACGCCUUGGCGCAUGCCCUUCAGUCAUCUCGCCACGACUGCGAUCUCCUAAGAGAGCAAUACGACGAGGACCAGGAGGCCAAGGCUGAGAUGCAGAGAGCAUUGUCCAAGGCCAAUGCUGAGGUGGCACAGUGGAGGACAAAGUAUGAAACUGACGCCAUUCAGAGGACGGAAGAACUGGAGGAAGCCAAGAAGAAGCUAGUAACACGUCUGCAGGAGGCUGAGGAGUCGAUAGAGACCGCCAAUGCCAAGUGCUCCUCUCUGGAAAAGACCAAGCAUCGACUCCAGACAGAGAUUGAAGACCUGGUGAUCGACUUGGAGCGUUCCAACGCUGCAGCUGCCGCCCUGGACAAGAAGCAAAGACAUUUUGACAAGGUGCUGGCUGAGUGGAAACAGAAGUAUGAGGAGUGCCAGACUGAGCUGGAAAGUUCUCAGAAGGAGUCCCGUAGCCUAAGCACAGAGCUCUUCAAACUUAAGAACUCCUACGAGGAGACCUUGGACCAUCUGGAGACCAUCAAGCGAGAGAACAAGAACCUGCAGGAGGAGAUUUCUGACCUGACCGAUCAAAUCAGCCAGGGAACGAAGACCAUCCAAGAGCUGGAGAAGAUCAAGAAGGGUCUGGACAUGGAGAAAAGUGAGAUUCAAGCUGCACUGGAAGAAGCGGAGGGCGCGCUUGAGCACGAAGAAAGCAAAACCUUGAGGAUCCAGCUGGAGCUGAACCAGAUGAAGGCUGACGUUGACAGGAAGUUGGCCGAAAAGGAUGAAGAACUCGACAAUCUUCGCCGUAACCACCAGAGAGCACUGGAGUCCAUUCAGGCCACCUUGGAUGCUGAGGCCAGGGCUCGCAGCGAGGCGGUGCGCCUGAAAAAGAUGGAAGGAGACCUGAAUGAGAUGGAGGUGCAGCUGAACCACGCCAACAGGCAGGCCGCUGAGUCCCAGAAACUCUUGAGAACCGUGCAGGUUCAGCUUAAGGACGUCCAAGUAGAGCUGGAUGACACCGUUCACAAGAACGAGGAGUUGAAGGAGCAGGUGGCCAUGACGGAGCGGCGCAACAACUUGCUGGCUGCCGAGGUGGAGGAGCUCAGGGUUCUACUGGAGCAGAACGACCGGGCCCGCAAGCUGGCCGAGAAUGAGUUGCUCGAAGCCAGUGAGAGGGUCAACCUGCUGCACUCGCAGAACACAGGGCUGAUCAACCAAAAGAAGAAGCUGGAGAGUGAUCUCUCAAUGCUGUCAGGCGAGGUGGAGGAUGCCGUGCAGGAAUGUCGCAAUGCAGAGGAAAAGGCCAAGAAGGCCAUCACCGAUGCAGCCAUGAUGGCGGAGGAGCUGAAGAAGGAGCAAGACACCAGCGCUCAUCUGGAGAGGAUGAAGAAGAACAUGGAUCAGACCAUCAAGGACCUCCAGAUGCGUCUGGAUGAGGCUGAGCAGAUCGCCCUCAAGGGCGGCAAGAAGCAGGUCCAGAAGCUGGAGGCUAGGGUGAGAGACCUUGAAAGUGAACUAGACUUAGAGCAAAAGAAGAACCAAGAUCAACAGAAGACAGUGCGCAAAUACGAGAGAAGAGUCAAAGAGCUUUGCUAUCAGGCUGAGGAGGACAAGAAGAGUCUCAUCCGCCUGCAAGACCUCAUUGACAAACUGCAGAUGAAAGUGAAGAGUUACAAGAGAGUGGCUGAGGAAGCGGACGAGCAGGCCAACACCAACUUGUCCAAGUACAGGAAGCUGCAGCACGAGCUGGACGAUGCGGAGGAGAGGGCCGACAUCGCUGAAACUCAAGUCAACAAGCUGCGCGUCCGCACACGCGACCAAGGUGGAAAGCUUCCCGAGUGACGAUGAGGCCACGUGAACGUCUCACGGACAAGCAGCUGCAACAGCUCAAAUGAACCGUGUACAGUACUGGCAGACAAAUAAACAUGUUAAAAACUUG